AUGGGGGAAUAUUGUAUAGAUAAACUAUCUUAUAAUAAUCACAUGAAUAUUAAAAAUAUUAAUGAAUAUUAUUACAAUAAACAACCUUUAAUAAACAAUAUCAUGAAUAACAAUAAAUUUGAUGAAAAAGAAGAUAUCCAAAAGGAUGAAAAAUAUUAUUCGACCCUUUUGGGCGAUGAAUACGAAUUUUUUAAAAAGCGUGCAAUGCUUAUAUGGGCUCAAAGUAUUGAUGAAAUUAAUGCAAUGGAAAGAGAUUUGAUUAUUUCUGGAACAGAAAAUCAGCAGAUUGAUGAUAGUUUAGAUGAAAAGGAUAAGGAAGAGGAAGAAGAGCCUUGUAUUAUGCCAUCAUCUAUAGCUGCAUCAGCAGCAACCCCAACACCUUUACCUAUUCGUUCUGCUCGUUUUUCAACGUCUAAACCUCUUAGUUUGGAAAAACAACGACGACUUUCUUUAAUUUCUGCUCAUAAUUCAUCCAAAGGGUCAGCUGAAAGUGGUGGAAGUUUAUGUUGCAAGAAUAUUGCAAUGAUUAAGGCGGAAGACGAAGAAAUGAUGGGCGUAGAACAACGCAUACGUGCUUCUUCGUCCAAUUCUGCUGCUUCUAUUCAAGUUAGAAAACAUGCUGUUACAGCUCAAAGACGUACAAGUAUUCAAAGUGCUAGACAUCGACGUUAUAAUUUAGGAAAGAUUGAUCUUAGAGACAUUAACAACAUUCAUAGUAGUCCUCCAGCAAGUCCGCCACCAAUGUCUCAUGGACGUCGAACUUCUACAGUUUUUAGAGAAAUUCUGCUUGGGAAUUUACGUAUUGAAGAUGUUACAUUUUCUGAUAAAGCUUCAACUACAGCAACAGCUGGUUCUUCUACAACACAUACUCCUACAAAUAUGUCUCCAGUAGAUUCUAAUAGUGGUAGUGCAAAUAAUUUUAGUCAUUUGGAGACGUCCUCAGUAGCAUCAACAUCUACUUCAUCAAAUAAUUAUUUUACUAGGUAA